GUGAGCAAUGGAUUCUUCACCUGGGGAAGCAACCUGUCCACGCUGUCAGACAUCAACAUCCGCAUCCCUACAGGUCAGCUGACGAUGAUCGUUGGCCAGGUGGGUUGUGGGAAAUCGUCCCUGUUGCUGGCCAUGCUCGGCGAGAUGCAGACCAUCGAUGGAAGAGUCCACUGGAGCAACAAGAACAGAAACUCUGUGGCCUACGCUACCCAGAAGUCCUGGCUGCUCAACGCCACAGUGGAGGAAAACAUCACCUUCGGCAGCCCCUUUAACAAACAGAGGUACAAGGCUGUGAUCGAUGCCUGCUCUCUGCAGCCAGACAUGAUGCUGCCUUUUGGAGACCAGACAGAGAUUGGAGAGAGGGGUAUCAACCUGAGCGGAGGUCAGAGACAGAGAAUCUGUGUGGCCAGAGCUCUCUACCAAAACACCAACAUCGUCUUCCUGGACGAUCCGUUCUCCGCUCUGGACAUCCACCUCAGCGAUCACCUGAUGCAGGAGGGAAUCCUCAAGUUCCUGCAGGAUGAUAAACGGACUGUAGUCCUGGUCACCCACAAACUGCAGUACCUCAUACACGCAGACUGGAUCAUAGCGAUGAAGGACGGCUCAGUUCUGAGAGAGGGGACUCUGAAGGACAUCCAGACUCAUGACGUGGAGCUUUACGAUCACUGGAAGACUCUGAUGAACAGACAAGAUCAGGAGCUAGAGAAGGACAUCCAGCAGGACAGUCAAACAACUCUGGAGAGGAAAACACUAAGAAGAGCUUUUUACUCCAGAGAGGCCAAGAACCAAACGGACGACGAAGAUGAAGAGGAAGAAGAGGAGGAGGAAGAGGACGACAACAUGUCAACAACCACUAACAGAAGAUCCAAAAUCCCAUGGAGGGUGUGCUGGCGUUACCUGUCCUCCGGAGGCUUCUUCAUGGUGUUCCUGAUGAUCUUCUCCAAACUCCUCAAACACUCCGUCAUCGUCGCCAUCGACUACUGGAUAGCGAAAUGGACUUCGGCCAAAACCAACCACAACAUUACGAUGAACGGCAACAGCACGUCGAGCGCUCAAACAGAGAACGACUCCUACCACCUGCAAGUGUUUAUCAUCCUGUGUGCGGCUGGAAUCACGCUGUGUCUCAUCACCUCCCUCACCGUGGAGUUUCUGGGUCUCUCUGCGGCGACCAACCUGCACCACAACCUGCUCAACAAGAUCAUCCACGCUCCCAUCAGGUUCUUUGACAUCACUCCUCUGGGUCAGAUCCUCAACAGAUUCUCAGCUGAUACCAACAUCAUAGACCAGCACAUUCCUCCGACGCUCGAGUCUUUAACGAGAUCCACGCUGCUGUGUUUGUCGGCCAUCGGGGUAAUCUCCUGCAUCACUCAGACCUUCCUCAUCGCCCUGGUACCCAUCGCGGUGGCCUUCUACUUCAUCCAGAAGUACUUCAGGGUGGCCUCAAAAGACCUGCAGGACCUCGAUGACUCCACUCAGCUGCCUCUGCUCUGCCACUUCUCUGAGACGGCGGAGGGUCUCACCACAAUAAGAGCCUUCAGACAUGAAGCUCGUUUCAAACAGCGCAUGCUGGAGCUGACUGACACCAACAACACGGCCUACCUGUUUCUGUCCGCCGCCAACCGCUGGCUGGAGGUCCGAACGGACUACCUCGGGGCGGUGAUCGUGCUCACUGCAGCCGUCUUGUCCAUCUGGAACGUAGAGAAAGGAGCCGUCAACGGCCUGGUGGGCCUCGGGCUCACCUACGCCCUCACUGUCACUAACUACCUGAACUGGGUGGUGAGGAACCUGGCCGACCUGGAGGUCCAGAUGGCGGCUGUGAAGAAGGUCGACAGCUUCCUUGGCACAGAGUCGGAGGACUACGAGGGAACCAUAGGUAGGUUUUGAAAACACACUCGACUAGCUGAUUUAUCUGAAUUUUAAAAAACAAGUGGAUGCACAGCAGCCACCAUGACUUCAACCAUGUGUUUGGGUCUAAAGUUUUGAAACCUCCAGUUUUGCAUUUUGGCUGUCACUAUUUUUCUUUUUGGAGCGAGAAUUAAAAGAAUUGCACGAGAGGGAAAACGGGAGGCUAGCAAGUGUUAACCUAUCAGCUAACAGUAGCGCUAGCCUGGAUAGCAAGCUGUACAUAUAAAAACGCUCUUUUUUUCUCCCUUUAUUGGAAAGGAGCAAAAAAGAAUGACAGGAAAUGUUUGGAAAGUUUAAAGGUGCUGCUCCACUUUACAGAAAAUGUGUGAUCAAACAGGCCGUU